AUGAAAUUGCGUUCACGUUGUUUAAGUUCUUGGCCUAUCCCGAAGGAAACCCAACAAGCCUUCUCCUUCCAAGAUCAGUAUCUCCAUGGAAAUCCUACAAGAAAAAGCCAAUUUGUGGCUUCUAUGGUUAAACCUGGACUCCCUACGGGGAAUACUUGGAUCAAGAAACGCUAUUUUCUCAUAUCUGUUCUGCGAAAUUUGGCAAUUUCUCUAUCUUUGGAGAUUGUGAAGAUGGUCCAUGCGUGCAUUUUACGAUUUGGGUGUGAUUCAAAUAUGUUAAUAUCCAAUAAUCUUCUUCAUGCGUAUUGUUAUUGUGGUUCCACACGGGAUGCGCUGAAGUUGUUCUACAAAAUGCAGGAGAGGGAUGCUGUUUCUUGGAAUACCAUGAUUUCUGGAUUUGUUGGUUCCGGAAAUUUUGAGGAGGGGAUAUCGUUUUACCGUGAGAUGAGAAGGGUUGGAUUAUCUCCUACUCAGUCCAGUUUUGUUUCUGCUCUGGUUUCUUCGGCUGAAGUGGGUAAUUUGGUGAUCUGCCGAGGAAUUCAUGGAGAUAGUUUCAAAUGUGGCUUCUCUUCUGAUCUUCUCGUGGGGAAUGCUCUCUUAACAUCUUAUGUUAAGUGUGGGGAUGUCAAGGAUUCAAGGAAAUUAUUUGAUGGAAUGCACAAUUUUGAUGAAGUUUCACUUGAAAUUUUGUUGAGAGGAUAUCUUCAGCAAGGAGCUCUAGGUGAUGCUUUCAAGUUGUUUAGGUAUUCUUGUCUAGUAGGAGUUCCUUUUAGCUGUUUUUCGCUUUCUAGUCUAAUUAGCUUAUGUACAGAUUCACAGCUUAUUGGCCAUGGAACCCAUAUUCAUGGUUAUGUUGUCAAGGUUGGUUUGGAUUCAGAUAUUUCUAUUGUUAAUUCUCUUAUUACAUUUUAUGCAAGAUCAUACCAUUUAGAGGAGGCUACACGGUUGUUUUAUGGAUCAACAUCACGUGAUAUUGUUACAUGGAAUUCCAUCAUAGCAGGAUAUGCAUUUAAUGGUCAAGGAGAUUUAGGGGUGCACCUAGUUACUAGGCUGUUGUCCAUUGGAACAAUAAUGAAUGAAUCCACUUUCUCAAGUUUUCUUUCUUGUUGUGCAACCGUGAAUGUUCUUGCCAGUGCAAAGAAAGCUCAUGUCCUAAUACUGAAGUUAAGGAGGUACACAGAUUGCACAACCAAUAAUGUUAUACUGACCAUGUAUUGUAGAUGUAGAAGUUGGAGCUAUGCUAGUAAAGUGUUUAAAGCACUGAAUGAGAGGGAUGCAAUCUCAUUCAAUCUUUUUAUUGCAUUACUUAGAGACCUUGGCCAGAAUGAAGAAGCUGUUGAACUUUUCCAGCAAAUCCAGUCAGAGGGAUUCAAAGUAGAUGAGCUCAUGUACUCAGGUCUUAUUUCUAGCUGCUCAAGAUUGACUGCUUUGGAGAUAGGACAACAGAUACACAGUUGUAUUAUUAAAACUGGUUUUGAGAAGGUUUCUCUCCUUGGAAACUCUCUUCUAGAGAUGUAUUCUCAAUGCAGAAGAUUAGACAACAUGGAGCAAAUUUUUAAUGAAAUUGAUAUUCCAGAUAUAUUCACAUGGAAUACAGUGGUCAUGGGUUAUGCCCGUUGUGGGUUGAUUGAGCAAUCAUUCCAAAUUUUUGCAAAAAUGAUAGAGUCGGGUGUCCAAUUAAAUGAGUUCUCCUACAGUGCAAUCCUUGACAUAUGUAGUCAUAUUGGUUAUCCAGUGAUGGGGGAACAAAUUCAUGUUUGGAUCAAGAAGCUGGGAUUGGUCUAUGAUACAACCGUGAUGAAUUCUCUAUUAACUAUGUAUGCUAGUUCUGGGAUGAUGGACAAGGCAUACAAAGUCUUUGAAGAAAUCUCUUCCCCUGAUUCUGUCUCAUGGAAUUCAAUGAUCUCGGGUUAUGCACAAAAUGGUUUUGCUGAAGAAUCUCUCAGGUUUUACUUGUUAAUGAACCAAAUUGGAGUAGAAACUAAUUACAUGACCUUUGCAAGUAUUUCUAAAUCUUGCACUAUGCUUUUGGACUACAUGCUUGGUUUGCAAUUCCAUGGCCAGAUCAUUAAGAGGGGACUUCAAUCAGAUAUCUCAGUCUUGAAUUCCCUUAUAACUAUGUAUGCCAAGUGCGGUUACCUCCAUCACUCUUGUACAAUUUUCAGGAACAAUGUUGAUAUUAGAGAUGUGAUCACUUGGAAUUCCAUGAUUUGUGGAUAUGCUUAUCAUGGAUGUGGUAGGGAAGCACUUGAUACAUUUACAGAGAUGAAAGUUUCAGAGGAAAAGCCAAAUGAGAUAACCUUUAUUGGUGUGCUUUGUGCAUGUAGUCAUGCUGGCCUCAUAUCGGAAGCUCAGGAUCAGUUCAGUUCCAUGUAUCAAGAUCAUGGAGUUGUUCCAAGUGAGGAACACUACAUUUGCAUGGUUGACAUUCUAUGCAGAGCAGGGAAAUUGGAAGAAGCAAAAGGUUUGAUAGAAAACAUGCCAUUUAAUCCCUGCUCACUAAUUUGGCGGAUAUUACUUAGUGCUUGUAGGAUGGAGGGAAAUGUUGGGCUUGGAAAGGAGGCCGCUGAGAAGUUAAUGCAGUUAGAACCUCAUGAUUCAUCUUCUUAUGUUCUCCUCUCCAAUAUUUAUGCUUUAGCUGAGAAGAUGGAAGAAAAGGCUGAUAUAAGGAGGAAGAUGAAGGGUAAGGGUGUGAAGAAGGAUAGUGGAUAUAGUUGGAUUGGGAAUUAA